GCCGCCGUGGCCGCUGGAGGCGAGGAGGGGCGAGGCGAGGCGAGGGGCGGCCCGGGGGCUCGGGGCCGGGCCUGCGCGCCAGCACUAGAUGGCCUGGCUUCGGGACUGUCUGCGUCUGUAUGAACCUACUGCUCCUUAAGAUCUGCCCCAAGUCUCUUCAUUCUGUGCCAUUCUGGUUGGAAGUCCUGUGGGAGCCCAGCAGGAGGCAGCUCGCCUGGCACGGAGGAGAAUGAGCUUCAGGGACCAGGGACAGGCCCACGGAGGGGGAUUUACUCCUGUUGACACGCAGGAACAGGUGACCUUUGAGGACAUUGCAGUCAGAUUCUCCCCCGAGGAGUGGUCCAUGCUGGAAGGAUGGCAGAAAGAGCUGCACCAAGAAGUGAUGGAAGAAAACCGUGCUUUGCUUCUCUCGCUGGGUCAGUCCGUUCCCUCAGGAGAGUUUUCAUCCUUGAUCCGUCAGCAGAAAGUAGCUGUGGAGGGUCUCAGUCCUAGAAAAAUACCUUCGGGUGGUGAAGACGAUGAAUGUCCAUUUCCAGAGCAUGCAGUGGAGCUAGACGGGCCCUGGGACAUUGAGGACAUGAAAGAUGAAGAUGCAGGCUGCCUGUCCCCCUCGAGCGAUCAAGAAGGUGAAUGCCGAAGCAGCCUUCACCUCUGCGCUCUCAUGAAACUUGUGAAGGAAAUCCCCGAGUUCCUCUACGGACACCCAGCUGCCACUGCUGGCGGCAGUGAAGAGGACGGGGAGAACGAGGGGGCAGCCAAAACUGAAGCCCCCACAGAGAACUGGCAUCCCCUGAGCUUGGAGAGUGACUCAGCAGAUGCCGCUGGGGGCCUGGGCAGCCCCCCCAGUCCUCCUGGCAGUAGCACACUGGCAGACUGUGGCGACACUCGGUUGCACGGACUGGACACACAGGAUAUGGCCACAAACACAGAUGAUGCUCUGGCACGAAGGCUACUGAAGUCUGAGAAAGGAGCCCCUCGCGACAGGCUCCCCCAGUCCGGCGUGCUGAAGAGCCUCACUGGGGUGAAGCCUGCUGCUUCGAUGGCUGCAGCUAAAGCAGAUGCUGCCCUGGAACAACCCUCCAUCCACAACAGAGGAGAGAAGGUUAGCGCUGUGGGCAGGCCCGGCCCUCCCGAAGCCCCCAUUGACGAAUCGCUCACCUGCAGGGCCACUGGAAACGUGGAAGAGAAGAGGACGGAACCUGAGGCUGGAGCGCACCUCUCUGAGGAAGCUGCUGUAGAUCCUGAACGUCAGGCCUUUCCAAGCCCCCAGAGGGAAGUUGCGACAAACGGGCUAGAUCCAUCCCUUGGCACGUCAGGAGCUGCUUCCUUCUCUAAUGGUUGCACUCCGAAAGAAAGGCGGACGCCUGAGGCCGGGAGCGGGCGAGCCAGUUGCAAGAAUGCUUCCAGGCACUGCUCCCCAAAUGGUGUCCAAGCAGCUGAGGAAAAGCCCCUCCAGGGCCUGCUGAAAUGUCUGAAGGACCUCAUUGUUCAUCAGCCGCUUCAUUCCCACCAAGCCUUUCGCAAGGUUUCCACAGGUGGGGGCCGGGAGGUCUCAGGGCACAAAAGGAGAGAAGUGGCGAGUGGCUCUCCUCCCGUCCAGGUUAAAACCGAAAACUCUGAAGAGGAGACCCCUGCCCGGGAAGGAUCCAGCCCUUCUGUGACGCCAGCCAGCAGCGCUUCCACCCUCCGGACUGGAGGGCGCGGGGGAGUACGCACCCCAGAGAGAGAGGCAGGCGGCCCACGUGCAGCCGUUAAAAUGGAGCCAGAUUCUGCCAGCCCCCCACUCCAGGGCCUGGACGGGCUUGGCCGUUCCCUCAGCACACACACAGCUGCAGGAAGGGAGAGGACAGCCGAGCAGUCUGGGGCCCUCUGUGUGAAAAUUAAGACUGAAGAGGACGCCCCCUUGGAAAUCCUGGUGGGCUGCCUGGAGGAGGCCUCGGAGGAGGAGAGAGACCUGCAGGCCCCGCUGCCAAACCGCCACCCUGCUCACAGCAUCAGGGAGCCGGGACAUUGGGUGCCAUAUUCGGAGGAGUGGAGCCCCGCAACCAGCCCUCUCCAUGGCCUCUUGAACUGCUUGAGGGAAAUACCCGUCCCCAGUUCUAACCCUGCUAAGAUGUUGGCUGGAAAAAGAGGAGGAGGAGGAAAAGAGAGAAGAAAAGGAGGAAGAAGAGGAGCUUUGGAACUGUGCGAUGACCAGGCAACGCUGGAGAAGCUGUGCCGAGUCUCCUCCCACAGCUGUGUACCGCCAGAAUCCACCAUCUUCGAGCCCCUUGUGGAGAACUUGCUUCCUCAUGAGCCAGGGGCAAAACAGACACACCUGCCGCUCGGUCGAGUUGCAGAAUGGAGGAAACCUGAGGCAGGACCAGGGGCCUUGCAAGAAUGCAGAGAAGGACUUGGCACACCACCCCAAGGCCUUGAGAGGCGCUGGAAGGAGCUGCCUGUGAGCACCUGCAGCCAGCUCUGUUCACCAGGCAACAGCUCCUCCUUCAGCCGCUCCCCAGACAGGCUCCCCAGAGGGACUCCAGAGCCAGGGAAAUGGACACAGAAGGAGGACGGACUCGGCCGAAAUGGGCCCCCCUUGCCAGGCCUGGAGAGGUGCUUGAGGGAGCUCCCUCCAAACAUGCGCAGCCAACCCUCUUCGCCGGCCCUCAGCUCUUCCUUCAGCGGCUCUUCGGAUGGGCUGCACAGGUGGACCCCAGAGACAGGGAAGUGGGCCAGGAAGGAGGAAGGCCUGAGCCAACACAGGAGCCCCUUGCCAGGCCUGGACAGCUGCCCAACGGCGCUCCCUAGAAACCCGCACAGCCAGUGCUUCCUGCCCGGUGCCAGCUCUUCUCUUGGCAGCUCUUCCAGUGGACGCUGCGAACCCGAGAUGGGCAAGUGGUCAGCAAAGGAGGAAGCAGCCAUCCACCCAAGGAUUCCCCCCCUUCAAGGCCUGGAGAACUGCUUGAAAGACAUCCCCGUGAGUGGAAAUUCCCUGCAAGACUGCUUGGCAGCAACCACUGACUUCUGCACUCAGAAGCUGAGGAGAACAGAUGCCGAAUCCCGACAGCUGUGGGCAGGAGGUGGUCCCAAAGAAAGCCUCCCACAGUGUCCAGCGAGCAUCUCUGGUUGCGCUAACGGGGGAGCAGAAGCUGGUGUGGAAAGUUCCCCCCUGCACAGACUGAUGAGCUGCCUUAAGGAAGUCCCGAUCCAGCGGCCAAGUUACCUCGACACUCCGAGCGUCUCCUCUGCUUCCUCCAGCUGCAGCGAAACAGAGCAAGACAGGCACAGCCCAGGGAGCACAGCAUGGUGGGACAGCGGCCAGGACAACAGCCAAGUAUCGGACGUGGAGGGAGCUGUGGGGCAGAAGAGGGCAGGGUCCAGGAGGAGCCCAUCGACGUCUCUUCCCUCAGAGCAAGAAAGGGGUUUUCCUUGCCCCCCAGAGCCUGAGCUUGUCAAAACGGGCACCAGAAGCGCCUCCCCGCUCCGUGGUGUGGAGAACUGUCUGACAGGCCUGGCUGCCAUCCAGCAGCUCCGCUCCAGUAGCCCGGCUGCUGGUGCCCAGACUCAAGGGGGCAGGAUCCCACGGGGCCCCACUGCGGGGACUGCUGGAUCACGUGCUACAAGUGUGGCAGGCAGUAUCCUCACCCAGAACCCACAAAGCUCCCCAAAGGAAACAACUGCCAGCCCCCUCAUACCUUCCGACACACUCACCCCGGACUCCUUUGACAGUCCCUCAGCGGAACAGAACUGCCUGGAAGGCCCGGACCAAAAUCUCUUCACUGAGGUUAAAAGGAAAGCCGCUGCACGCAACGCCCGCCUCCGCAGCUUGGCAGAUGACCUGGCGGAAAUGGCUGCUGACCCACACCGCCAUUCCAAACUGCCUGCCUGCAAUGCUGUGGGCAGCGCUAAGCCAAGGGAACAAGACACACAGAAAGGCACAUCCUCCAUGGAUGAAGAGCGGCUGAUUAAGAGCAGCCCCCUCCAAGGCCUGCUCCGGUGCCUCAAGGAGAUAACAGCGAAGGGCCCUGAUCCACGCAGCCGGUCAGCCAGCAGCACACGAGGAGAGACAAGACGCUUGCAAACGAAAGAGGAUACCGGCAGCGGGAGGGCGUCUCAAGAAAGCGCAGGGAGCUGUGUGGAGGGAAGUUCCACCGGCAGAGCCAGUCCUGCCAGCCCACCCUUGAGCAGUCCGUGGAGGGAAGCGCUGGCAACCAGCCCGGCCCCUGAGGCUGGCGGGGGGCACAGAGGUGAGCCGUGGGGCGUGGCUUCGAUAAGCACCCCACUCUGUGCAGAGGGGAGAUGGGCAGGAGCGUCUGGAAACGGAAGUGUGUGUGUGUUGAAUGAGAGUUCACAGUCUCUCAGCAUUCAGAGGCAAAGCGAUUCCAGAUCCCCAAAGAGUGGAAUGAAAAGAUCACUUCUGACAGCUAAGGGGGGUGACCCUCAAAUCCCAGGUGCCUCAUCCUGCACCUUCAGCUCACAAGGCGGCGCUGAGCCAGGAAACCCACCCAAGAAGAGGUGCCCCAGCCUAGACCAGCCUCCGCCCCUCUAUAGCUGGGGAAGAGGGAACACCCAGGAGCGCCCAGCAGAGAACGGCGCCGUUGGCCUUGUGCUGUCUCAAAAGCUUGACCGCCUUUCGGAGGACAUGAGUGCCAUUUGCAGAGAUGUCUCGCGGUUGCAGAGCCACGUGGACCGGCUGGAGCAGGAUGCCCGGGGCUGGGUUCUUGAGCUGGCCGCCCUCCGCAUGGAGAACCGGUGCCUGAGUGAGUACGUGAGGCGGAUGGAGAGCCGCUGCCGCACCCUGGAGAACCGCUCCCGCCGCAACAACCUGCGCAUCCUGGGCUUACCGGAGGGCGUGGAAGGCAGCGAUGCUGUAUCCUUCUUGCAGAAGACUCUUCCGGCCAUGCUGGGAUUGCUGCUGGAUUCCCCACCCCUUGAGAUCGAGAGUGCGCGCCGGGUACAAGGGGGCGUGUCCUGGGACCCCAAUGGCAGGCCCCGUGCCCUGGUGUUCCGCCUCCUGCGUUUUGCUGACAAGGCUGCCAUUUUGCAGGCCGCACGCACGCGCCCUGUCAGUUAUGCUGGCGCACAGGUCAGCAUCUUGCCGGACUUCUGCUCUUCGCCCUCUCAACGCAGAAGGUUCCCGUUUGGGACAUUCAGGAGAACCAGAUGGGCUGCAGACCUCUGCUUUGCCGCCAGACACUCCUCCUGUUAUGCCCGGCCCCAAGGGCUCCGGGGAUCUCUUGCCUGCUCCGGGCCCCUUGCAGGCGAGAGGGAGGGCAGGGCUUCUAAAGGGACGGGGACAGGAAACUGGGACACAGAUCCAUUGACAGGCCCAGCGGGUCAUGGAAUAUGCCAUUCCACAGGGAGCCCUGAGCAACACAGCCUGUGACACUACCUGCGCGUACCAGAGGAACGCGGAAGGGAAGUGGGCUUGCUGCGAGCAGCUGCCCCAGUUGAGACCAAACUGCCUUUUCCAUUCCGUGUACGGGAGGCAGGGCGAUGAUGCUGGUGAACAACGAGACACACACACACACACACACACACCCCUUGCCUCCUGCUGUACUUUCAAGAACGGGGGGCAAGUCAAUCAGGACAACCUCGCCCUGUUGACUCUGCUAGACUUUUGAAACCUGUCAGUGCCGGCCGGGUCUUGGGAAUGUGACGGGAGGAUGGACGGGGGCAGAGCAGUGGUUCUCAGCCUCUGGUGUUUCUACAGGCAUACUGUUGAUUAUAUUUAUCAUUUAUGGUACGUCUUAAAGAGAUACAAAAAAUGCAGAAGUACACUGGAUAAUCUUUGGCAGGUAAGGAGUCGGUGGGAAGCCCCCCGUCAAAGACCCUCACUGGUGGGCACGGGGAGCGGGAGCGGGAGAACCAGCAAGGCCAGGCCAGAAGGUCACAGGUGACUAAUUCAUGCAGGUAGGGCAGGUCACGUUCGCAGGUGGAUAAGAGGAUGGAGGGACAGUGAAUUCUUAGUCACCGUUAUUGAUACAUCCAUGAGGCUGCCUUACACUGAACCAGAAUACGGCUCCAUCAGGGUCACUAUUGUCUACUCAGACCGGCAGCUGCUCUCCAGGGUCCCGGGCAGAGGAAGGCCUUUCCCAUCACCCACCCCCUGAUGCUUUUAAUUGGAGAAGCUGGGAUUGAACCUGGGACCUUCUGCAUGCCAAGCAGAGGUUCUACCCCAGAGCCACAGCCCCUCCCAUGCACCCUCCUGGAGUACGUCUGCGUCUCACCAGUGGUGUGUGUCCCUGCUGGUGAGAACCACUGUACUGAGAGACUAUGGGUAUUGCUCUCAAGCUGUUCUGCUCAGGGGAAUCCAGAGAGUGAUUGCUUGUCACCCCCCACCCUGAGUCCUCCCCUCUGAAGUUCUGAAAGGUUCCCCUCAUGUUCUAUACACAUCCGAGGCUCCUUGACAAAAUCGGAGGAUGUGGAUGCCGUGGUGCCCCUGGGCCAAGGUCCCCGGGAACGCUUCCUGCCUACUGCCCUGAGUGACAGGGCUGCAGGUGCCCCUAUUCUCUCUGCUUCAGACCACAUACUGACAGUUCAUGGAAUUUGCUGGGUGGCGGCUGGAUGCCAGGAGGGAGGGUGUGGAAGCCAUGCUCCAUGCUGGGAGUGCUGAAGUGACCUGCCCUCUGCUCGUCUGUCGUCUCCUGGGUGUGAUUCCGGGAGCUGGUUUUGGCGAGAGGCCUCCUUGAUUGCCUGCACAGGCCGAAGGUGCCCUCUGAAGCCUGAUGAUCCUCCGUGUUUUAUUGGCAAGGAGGUGCCAGCAGAAAGUCACCCAGCUGGCCGCACCUUUGCCUCGGGAACGCCUUUCUGCCACGGUCAACCAGAUCCUGUCCUUGGGGGGGUUUCUGAGGCGCUGUGAGACUCCGUUGGUUGGGCAGUCAUUGGCUGGCUGGAGACGAUUCAGGGUUAUUUGAGAAGUACUGUUUUGAAAAUGUGUGGGUUUAUAUUUUAAAGUAUUGUUUGUAUAAUAUUUUAUAUCGGUAUGUGGUUUCUCCAUGGCUGUGAACCCACUCCUGAGCCCUUGUGAUCUAGUUUGGGCUGUCUGUAUAUGAAUAA